CAAUGAAAACACUUAAUGUCAAAUGGAGCCUUUGAAAUCCACGCCCACGCGCGCCUCUCGCAAGGUAAUCUGGGAAACUUAGUUCUGCUGCUAUAUAAUAAAAAGCACUGCGGCGCGAACUCAAACUACAAUCUACACAUCCUGGGUUUGGGAAUUACAGACUUUAGUUUUGCUGAAUUAAACGCAACAGUUUGUGACAAGAACGCUGACACUAUGGGAGACAGUAUCUGCAAUGGGACUCACGGCAAAAAGGCUCUGCUGUCCGACCCUCAGCUGUUUGAUGUUCAGUUUGAGGAGCUGGUGGCGGAGCUCACAGAGAGAGACCUCACUGAUCCUGCGCUGGCUGAUGCUCUGAGGAGGCUCAAAGAGGUUUUAGAGUACAAUGCUCCUGGAGGCAAGAAGAACCGAGGCCUCUCUGUGAUUGGCUCACUGAGGGAACUUCUCCCUCCCUCUCAGCUCACACAGGACACUGUACAGAGGGCUCUCAUUGUGGGAUGGUGCAUUGAGUUGCUUCAGGCAUUUUUCCUUGUGGCAGAUGAUAUCAUGGAUUCGUCUGUGACUCGGAGAGGACAGCCCUGCUGGUACAGGAAGGAAGCAAUAGGUCUGGACGCCAUCAAUGAUUCUUUUCUGUUGGAAGCAUCAAUCUACAGGCUUCUUCGCAAACAUUGCAGGGAUCAGCCGCACUACAUCCAUCUACUGGAGCUGUUUACUGAGACAUCUUUCCAGACAAUGCUUGGCCAGGCUCUGGACCUCAUGACAGCACCCCCGGGUCAGAUUGACCUCAACAGAUUCACCAUGGAGAGAUAUAAAGCUAUCGUAAAAUACAAGACCGCCUACUACUCUUUUUACCUUCCUGUGGCAGCUGCAAUGUACAUGGCUGGAAUCGAAAGUGAAGAGGAGCAUAACAAUGCCAAACACAUCUUACUUGAGAUGGGAGAAUUCUUCCAAAUACAGGACGACUAUUUGGACUGUUACGGUGACCCUGCUGUUACAGGAAAGAUUGGCACAGACAUCCAGGAUAACAAAUGUAGCUGGCUGGUCGUGAAGGCUCUGGAGGUCAUGACGCCUGAACAGAGAGCAGAGCUGGAGGCAUGUUACGGACGCCACGAUGAAGCAAGUAUAGAGGAGGUCAAAACACUGUACAACACCCUGCAAAUGUCAACACUGUACCAGAACUAUGAGGAGGAGAGCUACCAGCGGCUACAGAAACUCAUCGCUUGUCACGCACAAAACCUUCCUCACUCGGUCUUCCUCAACUUCGCCAAGAAAAUCUACAAGAGGAACAAGUGAGAGGGGAAUGACGAUGUGAUCUGUGCAGGAAUAUCAGGUGCAUCAUCCAGCUCCUCUGGCAGACGCAGAGCUCUCACUCCAGCAGCAUGACCCAAAGCAGAGUGUGAUGUAUUUUUUUAAAUCCUGGCGGCAGUUUCUGAACUUUUCAGUGAUUUGUAAAUAUUUGGAUGUGGAUGACGAUACAUUACAAGUCUCUUCAGUUCUAUUUAUUGAACCCAGCGCAACACUGUACAGUGUAAGCAGUACUCUGUGAAGGAUGAUCUAGCUUUUUCAUUUUUAUCCGCCGUGAGGCUGAGUGAAGAUUCAUCUAAAAUGAUUUCAGUUUUGUGAGAAUAGCUUUAUUCAUUUUUAAUACAUUAAAUGGAGAUUGUGUAAGAUUCCUGAGGAUAGAUGGUCAAACCGAAUUAGUUGUGUUAAUUACAAAUAAAAAUUCUUAUGAUA